AUGCGGAGCCCGCUCAUUCGCGCUUUGGCCAUACUGUGCCUUAUUUCCGGAAGUAUCGGGAGAAAAGGAUUCGGCCCUGGGGAACAAGAAUGGGGCUAUGUACAAGUGCGUCCGUUCGCGAAUAUGUUCUGGUGGCUCUACUACACCACGGCGGAUGUUAACUCGUAUUACGACAAACCGCUGGUGAUCUGGUUGCAAGGGGGACCAGGCGGAUCUUCGACGUCCUUCGGGAAUUUCGAGGAGUUCGGCCCUCUGGAUACUGAUUUGAAGCCGAGGAAUUAUACUUGGGUCAAAGACUACAAUGUUCUUUUCAUCGACAAUCCCGUCGGGACCGGUUACAGUUACGUUGACACCAUAUCAGCAUUUGCGACGACGAACGCGCAGAUCGCCAAAGAUCUUGUGGAGUGCAUGCGAGGUUUCUACAAGGAAUUACCAAAAUUCCAAAAUGUCUCAACAUACAUCACCACCGAGUCGUACGGUGGAAAAAUGGGCGCUGAAUUGGCACUCGUCUGGUAUCGAGCUCAGAAGGCUGGCACCAUCAAGAGCAAUCUGAAAGGAGUCGCGCUCGGAGAUGCAUGGAUUUCCCCUAUCGAUUCUGUACUGACAUGGGCACCGUUUUUACUCAGCACAGGUAUGAUCGAUACGAAAGGUUUUAAAAGAAUUGACGAAAGUGCGAAAGAGACAGAAAUAAAAGUCAAGACCGGCCAGUGGAAAAUGGCAACUCAGUAUUGGGGUCACACGGAAAAUGUUAUUUUGGACGAAACUUACAACAUCGACUUUUAUAAUAUUCUCACGAAGAUGAGACGUUCGAGAUUGAACAGCUUGAGGGCGCAGGAUGUAUUGUCCUUCGACGGAGCUUUAUAUCGACACUUCGUCGGGCCUCAAUUCGAGUCUUUGUCGCUCGACGAAUUGAUGAAUGGCGCGGUAAAGAAAGCGCUUGGUCUGCAAGUCACUCACGGCAUCCAGUCCGGCUCGGUUUUCGAGUACUUGAGGGAGGAUUUCAUGAAACCCGUCACUCGCCAAGUGGAGAUGUUACUCGACGAGACCGACUUGCACGUGUUUGUGUACACCGGACACAUGGACUUAAUCGUUGACACGCCGGGCACUCUCCGAUGGGUGGAAAAACUAAAAUGGAAAAACGCCAACACCUGGAACAACUCGGUCAGAUAUCCGUUCACUGUCGACGACAUCAUUGAGGGCUACAUGAAAGCUCAAGAUAACUUCAGGAUGUAUUGGAUCAACAGAGCCGGACAUAUGGUACCAAAGGACAAUCCAGCGGCCAUGGCGGUGAUACUACGAGACUUGACGAGCAACGCGAGCAACUGA